GCCCUUGCUGGCAAAACCAGCGCCGCCAUGGCGCUAACAGGUCAUAUACGAUGGACCGCUCUGUUGCACACGGCGUAGGUCUGGCUGGCCCAGAGAUGCGGCCUUUCCGGCCCGAAAACAAGGCGCUCGGUGCAUGCAGACGGCCUGGAUGCGAUGGGAUAGGGAUGCGGUUUAACCGCGCUGGACGAAGCCAAAGGAGACAAGGCAGCAAUGCCCGACAUGGGUCCCUGGGGCCUUGGCCUUGAUCAAACAGCGGCCGGAUCUGCAGUCGGCCGAUCGAAACCAGCGUCCGAACCACCCCACACAGGCCGAGCCGGGAUGCCCGCAACAGCAUGCAACAUCAAUAUCGGGCUGCUGGGCCACGUCGAUGCUGGCAAGACCGCACUGGCCUAUGCGCUGACCUUCGGCACAUACUGCGGACAGCCAUCGCUUGCGCCCGUGACUUCGACAGCGGCAUUCGACAAACAUCCCGAAAGCAAGGCUCGCGGCAUCACUCUGGAUCUUGGCUUCUCGGCCUUUCAGGUUCCAAAAGAGCUUGUUUCCCCAGAGUUCGAAGCCGCUGGUAUCAGCAAGGUCCAGAUCACCCUCGUCGACUGUCCCGGCCAUGCCUCGCUCGUCAAGACCGUUCUGGGAGGAGCACAGAUCAUCGAUGCCAUGAUCCUCGUGAUCGAUGCAGCCAAGGGGUUCCAGACACAGACAUCGGAGUGCCUUAUCAUAGCCGAGAUCACCCGGAAGACGAUCAUCGUGGCCCUCAACAAAGUGGAUCUGUUUCCUGAAGCCGAACGGGAAGCCCGGAUCAGCAAGAUGUCACAGCGAAUCACCAAGACCCUGGAAGCUGCGGGAUUUCCCAAUGUGCCCAUCAUACCUGUGUGCACCAAGCCGCUGGAGCCAACUGCAAAGUUGACACAGGAUGCCGAUCCCACCGGAACUAGCGACGGAGUCCAAACCACCGCCAGUAGUGCCGGUGGCGAUGGUUGGUAUGAAUGCAACGCCCGGUGGAUGAACAUCGAAGCCCUGCUCCGCGGAGUCAUGGAUAGCGUCUGUGUCCCCCGGCGUUCGACACAAAAGCCAUUCUUGUGCAUGGUAGACCACUGCUUUGCGAUCAAGGGCCAAGGUACGGUACUGACUGGGACGGUGCUGGAAGGCUCGACCAAGGUCGGAGAUGUCAUCGAGAUUGUAUCCCUCUCCGAGAAUCGGAAAAUAAAGUCGAUGCAGUCGUUCAAAAAGCCUGUCACGACAGUCGCUCAGGGGGACCGAGUGGGCAUCUGCGUGACCAAGCUGGAGCCGUCUCUUGUUGAGCGAGGCAUGCUCGCAGCACCUGGCUCCGUCAUAUUUGCGCACGCCGCCUUGGCCACGGCCAAACGGAUACGUUACUUCAAGCCCGAAAUCGCAUCCAAGACCAAGAUUCAUGUCACGAUCGGACACGAAACAGCGCUGGCAACAAUCACAUUCCUGAAGGCACUAACACCGAUCGAAGACGAUUUUGACUUUCAGCAAGAGUAUCAGUACGAGCCUCUGCUGCCUGACCACCGGGAGGCACCCGGCCAAACUACCAACCGCUACAGCGUUCUGCUUGAGUUUGACAAGCCCAUUGCCUGCCCCAAGAAUAGUCUCUUCAUCACCUCAAAGCUUGAUGACGAUAAUCACGCCGGUGCAUGCCGUAUAGCGUUUCACGGACGUGUGCAGCAUGCUAUGGCAGACCCAAACUACAAGGAACAGCUUGCAAAGAUGCUCAGGGUCUACAAGCUCAAGGAGAAAGUCGGCACGAUCGAUCGCGUUGUGGACGAACGAAUGCUGAUCGGUGCCAAGAUGUUCAAGAAGGAGACCAACCUGGAACUGUUUGUGGGAAUGAAGGUGGUUCUGGGAUCCAGCCACGAAGGAACGAUCGAGUCCGGGUUUGGCCAGAGCGGAAAAUUCCGGGUGCGAUUUGCCACAGCCCUGCCCGAGUCUCUCGUGAGACCAGCGAAAGCCACCAAGAAUCCCGCAGGGCGAAGAGAAGCCGCCUCGGGACAGGAGGACGACCAGCGCACUCUGCGUCUGACAUUCAAGAAGGCCGUGUACCAGGAUCGCAUCUAUCAAUAGACGCCGCCGGUUCGGAUGGAGUGCUGGCCGUCUCAUUGAAGGAGGAUCGUGUCCGCAGUUGCUUUCCAGGCCUUGCCAGCACCCCGACGAAUGCAAUAUGGCCGAUCUCGGCCGGUGUCAAUUGG